AACUCACUAUUUGGAAGAGCAAAGAGUAGAAGAGAGGCAAGAUGUUCCGUCCAUUUCUUGCUUGUUUUUUUGUGUUGGCCUUUGGACAACUUCUGGUGGUCCAGGCCCUAAAGCUGGGAAAACAGGAACACCUGGAGGAAAAAAAAGCUGAACUCCAGGAGGUUGCUGCUUCUCGUUUAAAACCUGUGCCAGGAUCAAAUAACCUUCUGAAACAUGUACUUUUGGUGAAAAGAGAUGCUCCUGAACAAAUGAAUCAAGGUGAAGGUGAAAAUGAGCAGGAAGCAGGAAGAGGAAAAGGAAAAGGAAAAGGAAAGGGGAAAGGAAAAGGAAAAGGAAAAGGAAAAGGAAAAGGAAACGGAAGAGGGAAAGGGAAAGGAAAAGGAAAAGGACAAGGAAAAGGAAAAGAUGUCCAGGUAAGAAAAGGGGUUAAAUCCAAAAAAGACCCAUCUAUCUAUCAUUCCCAUAUCUUCUAGCUUUGAUCCUCUGCUGUGCCACAAACAACCCAGAACCAAUGUUUAAAACAAACUCCCAAAUGUAGCUUAUGCUGUAAAUGCAGCAACUUGGUCUUUAAUUAACCUGGUUAGGUAUAUUUGAGCAAACCCAGUUGGGCAGCAAGCUGCAGAUGCAAUUUAUUGUAUUCCCCUCCCUUGCGGGCAUUAUAAUUCUCAGCUUGUCUAGCAAGGAUGA